AUGGCAGACAGCGAGGGGGGCUCUGAGCAGGAUGACGUCUCGUUUUUACGCACGGAAGACAUGGUGUGUCUUUCAUGCACAGCCACUGGGGAACGAGUUUGUCUGGCAGCUGAGGGUUUUGGAAAUCGACACUGUUUUCUCGAAAAUAUAGCUGACAAAAAUAUACCACCGGACUUAUCACAAUGUGUAUUUGUAAUUGAGCAAGCCUUAUCAGUAAGGGCUUUGCAAGAAUUGGUUACUGCUGCUGGAUCAGAGACGGUAACGUAA